GAGUGCCGACAUAGAGCAAGGGCAAAGAGUCAACAGGUAAUGGAAGACAUUGGGAAGAGAGGAGAGUAGAGAGUUUUGCUUUGGGAGCAGAAACACUAGAAAGACAGAAGCAGAUAAUCAUUACCUGAUUUCUUAUAACACAAACGGAAAAUGGAGGAUAAUUAAAACGUGAGAAGAUCAACAUUUUAAAAUAUCCUGACACCAGGAAAGGACAGGGGACUUUUUUCCAUAUCUGAUCUAAAGGACCAAAUCAACCCAACCAUAGACAGUAAACAACACAGAAGGAGGUGAGAGAGACCGGAGACUUACAGACCAUGACAUCCUUUGAAUCUCAGGGCCAGUCUCCUCCUCGCUGUGGGCCCCAGUUCCCCAGCCUGGGCCAGGAGCCUCCGGAGCUCAGCAUGUACAGUGACUGCUACUACCCUCCUCCAUCGCUCCCCAGCCCCCAGCGCACUGCCCCAACCUCUUACGACAUCUCGGACUACACCACCUCUUCUCCCAACCCUUACUUGUGGUUCAACGGGUCCGGAAUCAACGCUCCCCCAUACCUGGCAACCACAGGGCCCCCAGGUAACCCCGGCCCCCCAUUCGUCCCACAACAUUAUGGGAUGCAGAGGCCCUACUUGGGUCCAGGAGGGGCUGGGGGCCCUGGUGGGGAGCUGAGCUGGUUCUCUCUUCCCUCACAGGAAGACUUGAUGAAGCUUGUCCGCCCGCCCUACUCCUACUCAGCCCUCAUUGCUAUGGCUAUCCAUGGUGCCCCAGAGAGGCGGUUGACGCUAAGUCAGAUCUACCAAUAUGUGGCUGAUAAUUUUCCCUUCUACAACAAGAGCAAGGCUGGCUGGCAGAACUCCAUCAGGCACAACCUGUCACUCAACGACUGUUUUAAGAAGGUGCCUCGAGACGAGGAUGACCCUGGUAAGGGUAACUACUGGACACUGGACCCAAACUGUGAGAAGAUGUUUGACAAUGGAAACUUCCGUCGUAAGAGGAAGAGGAAGUCUGAAUCUUUGACAGGAGGAGAGGGGGGGUCAGGUGGACCGGAGUCAGGGGACCCCCAUGACCAGGGGAGCCCCCAACCCCACAGCAUUUCAGGGAUUGACAUGUCUGCCACGCCGGAGAGAAUCCCUUCCCCUUCCACCUCAGGUCCCAACCCUUGCCUGAGCAGCUUUCUGUCUGAGAUGUCUGGAGUGGCACCUUCGGGACCCAAUGACAGGGCCCUGCCCAUAACCCUGACCCUGGAGGGGAACCAGAGGCCUACACAACCUGGGAGUUUUGGUAGUUACUCCCCCAGAUUGGGUACUUCGGAGUGGGCUUCCCAGCUGCCACCUCCCCCUGCAGUCUCUUCCUCGCCCACCCACUCUUCCCUAGGUUACAGCAGCCCCAUCCUCGGCCAGUACAAUGGGAAUUUUUACCCUGGCUUAGGCUCAGCGGGCCUUCUGUACCCAAGGGAGGGCACAGAGGUCUGAACAGACUGGGAAGAAAGAGAAAAACAUCUAAAGACACUAAAGUGGAAGAAAUUGAUCUCUUUGUGAAACUGAACAGUCAACCAUCACGUUUUACUUUUACGUUUGAGUUAUUUAGCAGACACUUGUAUCCAGAAUGACUUAACACGACAAUCUCACACACACACACACACACACACUCAGUUAGUGCUGACAGAGCAAGGGUGCAGUAGCAUGUGACAGCUAGAUGAGCAGGACCUGGUUCCCAUGAGAAAAUCUGAGUCAGCCGUUAUGAAGCUACACAAACAUACACACACUAAAAAACCUUUAGAUCAGACGGAACAGAUAGUAUUUUCUGUCUAUAACCAAAUAAUUGCUGACUCUCAUUACUGACAGCUUGAAUUUGUAUUUUUUUGUAUCUGAUGUGUCUAUUUUAUUGUGUGCUCAAAAUGUAUAUGUUUUUAUGAGUGCUUGGGUCAUAAUUUUAAUAUGUACUUAAAAUUAUGCCAUUUUUAUGGUAUUCAUUCAACUUUUUGGUUCAUACCAACAUAGUCAGAUGUUUGUUUUUGAUAAAGCCUAAUAAAAUACAGUGUCCUGUU